AAUCACGCCUUCAUAUGUGGAGAACGUUGUCAGACGUCUUGUGCCACGGGCCUAAAAAGCGGAAGCUUCUCUCGUGACUGGAUUUGGAUUUGUUCAUGGAAGAAACGAGCCAGCUUGUACGAUAAGUAGGGAGGAAGAAGAAGAAGAAGGGGGAGUUAAAAAAUUUGGGAAAGCCCUUUUUUUCCCCUUGUACUGCUGACGCGUCCAAGCGGCUACGUGCUGUGCGGGAGAACCGUGGCUUCUUCUGCUUCCACCAUGUUACUUCACUUUUUACUUUUAGGGGCUUUUGUUUUUCAGGCUGAGUGUUAUUUUUCGGAGGAAAAGUACCCAGAGGAGUCGAAAAUGCAGCCUCCUACGGUGGUUAUCGCUAUCAUAGCCAGGAACACUGCUCAUUCCUUGCCGUACUACCUCGGAGCUCUGGAGAGACUCAACUAUCCCAAAGAUCGCAUCUCUGUGUGGGCGGCCACGGAUCACAACUCAGACAACACCACAGCCAUACUGAAAGAGUGGCUGACUGUCAUGCAGAAAUUUUACCAUUACGUCGAGUGGAGACCGAUGGACAAGCCCACGUCCUAUGCAGGAGAGUUGGGUCCAAAGCACUGGCCCAACAGUAGAUACGAGUACGUGAUGAAGCUGAAGCAGGCAGCCCUCAACUUUGCCAGGAAACGCUGGGCCGAUUACAUCCUGUAUGCUGACACAGACAAUAUCCUCACCAACCCAGACACCCUCAAUCUAAUGAUAGCAGAGAACAAGUCCGUCAUCGCUCCCAUGUUAGAUUCCCAGGGAGCGUACUCCAACUACUGGUGUGGUAUCACUCCACAGGGAUAUUAUCGUCGAACAGCAGAGUAUUUCCCCACCCGUCACAGACACAGAACGGGCUGCUUCCCCGUGCCCAUGGUCCACUCCACCAUGCUGCUGGAUUUACGGAAGGAAGGCAUGAAGAAACUGGCCUUCUACCCUCCUCACGAGGAUUACUCGUGGCCCUACGACGACAUCAUCGUGUUCGCUUUCUCCUGCCGGGCUGCAGAGGUGCAGAGUUACCUGUGUAACAAGCAGCGCUACGGCUACCUGAACAUCCCAGCCAAACCUCACCACACCUUGGAAGACGAUCGCCUCAACUUUGUCCAUGUCCAACUUGAGUCCAUGAUUGACGGUCCUCCAAUGCACCCUUCACGCUACGUCCAUAUGUUCCCCAAACAGAGAGACCUCAUGGGCUUUGAUGAGAUAUACCUGAUUAAUCUGCGGCGGCGUUCUGACCGUAGAGACCGGAUGUUGUUCUCUCUGAAUGAGCUGGAGAUUGACGUCAAGGUGGUGGAUGCCGUGGAUGGAAAUGCAUUGAACAGCAGUGACAUUAAGAUCCUGGGAGUCGACCUCCUGCCAGGCUACUAUGACCCGUUCUCUGGACGAACCCUGACCAAAGGAGAAGUGGGCUGUUUCCUCAGCCACUUCUUCAUCUGGAAGGAGAUGGUGGACAUGCAGAUGGAUAAAGCACUGGUCUUUGAGGACGACGUUCGUUUCCAGGCCAACUUCAAACGACGAGUCCUCAGACUGAUGGAGGAAGUGGAGCAGGUGGAGCUGGACUGGGACAUCAUAUACCUCGGCAGGAAGAAGGUGAAUCCUGGAAAGGAGGAACCUGUGGAGAACGUCCGCAACUUGGUGACGGCCGACUACUCGUAUUGGACUCUGUCCUACGCCAUCUCCCUGCAGGGAGCCCAAAAACUGCUCAACGCCGAGCCGCUUUCCAAGAUGUUGCCUGUCGAUGAAUUUCUUCCCAUCAUGUAUGACAAACAUCCAAAUGAGGACUACAAGUCCCAUUUCCCCAACAGGAACUUACAAGCCUUCAGUACACACCCCCUUCUGGUUCAACCAUGUCACUACGCCGGUGAUCCCCAGUGGGUGAGCGACACAGAGACGUCCACUCUGUGGGACGACGACUCUGUACGCACCGAUUGGAGAGGUUCCCACAAGACCCUGAAGGGGGCUGCGCCGUCACCCGACAUGCUGUCAGCUGCUUACAGGGAUGAACUUUAGUGGGGACGUAGCCGUGGUGAACCUGCGGGUCAAAAGGCCACGAGGUCAGAGAGACAGAUGCUGAGAAGGAAAGUGUUCUCAGACUUUAUUUCAGUCCGCUGUGUCACACCACUGACAUGCUCAGUGUCAUUUAAACUGGACUUUUUUAGAGCAUGUUAGUAAGUGCAUGGCACAAGAUGAUUAAGGGACAGUGUUAAUUGAGGCAGUUUGUAAAGAUAUGUAAAACAAGAGAUGUUUUAAUACUUGUACAGAUGCACAAAAGACAAUCCUUAAAAGAAAAUACUAAGUUUUUCUUUUUUACUUUAUUCAGACUUUUUUUCUGAUUAUGAAAGUUUAUACAGUUUUUUUAUGGCUGAUGUUAAAAUCAUUUGUGUUUGAAUGUGUGUUUGUGAUGAUUUCCAUUGCUAUGAUGCUAAUUAUAUGGCUUUUAAAAGGAAACCGGCGAGGCGGCUUUACAAGGACUUUUAUUUUUUAUAAGGACUGACUGAGGCUCCAGUAGCUGCACUGUUCACAACUCCUGGCAAGUCUGGACAACUGCUUUCAUUUCUUUUCUUUUUUUCUCUGUUGGUAUAUCUGUUCAUUUCUCAGUUGGUACUUUUAAGAGAUACAGUUGUAUUUAACAGAAAGCUAGACUGACCCUAAUUCAUAUUUCCCUUGACUUUAAAGCUGAUGUACCUCAUGGUUUCUAAGGACAGUAUAAGACUGUUUCAACGGUACCAGAUUGUAUUCAGGAAGUAUUUUGUUAGCACAUUGAAUGCUUGAAUAAAUUAAGUUUCUUUAAAAUGUUUUUUUUUUAAUAAUAUGAAAUAACAUUUCUUAUUAGACUGCUUUCUAUUCUAUGGCUGUGUUUUAAUGUUUCUACAUUUAGCCAGAUUUUGAGUUUCAAGGUCAGAUUUUGUCUAAUAUUCCACUGUGUAAUGUUUCCACUGUGGCCUUCUUAAUGUUAUGUUUUUGGAAGUAUCUUUUAAAUGACAUAAUCCUUCAUUCUUUAGAUCUUCAGUAUCUUAAACAUUAACAUGAUCAAAACUUUAAAAGAUGUUUCAUGCCUUUUCCAUGACGUUAAUAUUUGAAUUGACAGUACAUACACUUUUACUCUGACAUGGUAGUGGACACAUUUUCUCUUACUAUAUCACAUGUGGUGACACUUUGUUUUUUUAAAAUAAGCAAGUCAUUUUGGUAGUGUUCAAACAGCUGUAUAAAAUCACUGCAGCAUGUUGAGAUGUGAACUCCAUUUGUACAUCUAAGAGUGUGACUACGAUCCACCUGACAUCAAGCGUAUGUUCACUUUUUGCAGACUACUUCCCUGUGCUACAUCUUGUGAUAAAAAAUGUAAUAAUGUUUUGACACUUUGCACAAGGUUGCAAUGCAAGUAACUGAUGAUGAUCAGAUGAUUUAAAUGACAGUCAUCAAGUUACACAAAACCUAUAUUGCAUUAAGUCUGUUUUCAUAAGCAUUUAUGAGGGUCUGAGUUCAUGUAUUCAUUUUCUAUCUGUUUUGAGUUUUUCUUUUCCUUUAUAUGUCUUAAUUUAUUUGUCAUGUCUUUUUUUUAAUGCGGUUGAUGCACAACAUGAUGUAAAACAAGCAAUCAAAAUGCAAUGGGGUUUCUGCCAAACGCC